AUGCAGAGGCCUCGCCGCGUCGCACAAAUCAUCCAUCUUCGGCCUGCGGCUAUCGAGGCAUAUAAGGAAUGUCACGCCAAAGUAUGGCCCGAGGUGUUACAGCAAAUAUACGAUUGUAACUUACGCAAUUACUCCAUCUUCUUUGAUAACGACCGUACACUAUUCGCAGUGUUUGAGUACGUUGGGGAAGACUUCAAACUAGACAUGGCUAAGAUGAAGGCAAACUCGAAGGUGAGAGAGUGGUGGAAUAUGACAGACGCAAUGCAGGUAUGGCAGUCUUUCCUACUUUCUAGAGGGGAGAAAGAUCGCAUUGUAUCGAUUCUAAUCUUCACAAAGGAAAGUUUGAUUUUCGGUGCCACAGGCAGUGCAGAUGGACCGGGAUGGUGGAAAGACCUUGAUGAGGUGUUUCACGUCGAUUGA